AUCCCGUCUCUUUUUCUUCAAGGCAUGAAGAGUUGGCAUGUGAAGCUAUGUAUCGUUAUUUUUCUCUUUAUUGGUCAAUGUUUGGCCUCGCCCGGUGAUUUGCAACCUUCUUAUCAAGACUGCAUAAAAACCUGCGCACAAGAACAUUGCCCCGCACCUCUUCCUUUAGUGCUUCGGUUAAUGCAAUGGACAUGCCCUGAAAAUUGUCGUUAUACCUGUAUGCAAAAGCUGACGGAUAAGGCUAUUGCAGAAUCCAGUCGCGUCUUGCAAUAUCACGGAAAGUGGCCUUUCUAUCGAUUCUUGGGGGUUCAAGAACCUGCAUCGGUUGUUUUCUCCAUUGGCAAUGGACUCGUGCAUUACAAGUAUUUCCAUGUGCUUCAACAGCAGAUUCCACAGGCUUAUUACUUGAGACCUUUUAUGCUGACUUACGCCCUCGUGGGCAUCAAUACCUGGAUUUGGAGCACCGUGUUUCAUGCGCGCGAUUUCCCGCUGACGGAGAAGCUGGAUUAUUUCUGUUCGGGGUUGUUGAUACUUUACUCGUUCUAUUUUGCCUGUUUGCGCAUCUUUAGGAUUCGUCAAGCACUGUUCAUCCGGGCCCUCAGCAUCCUGUGCCUGGGGAUGUUUCUCGGCCACGUUUACUAUUUAUCCUUUGUCACCUUUGAUUACGGCUAUAACAUGUUGGCUUCCGUGUUGAUUGGUACGUUACAGUUGACAUUGUGGGUGGGAUGGUGCUGUGCGCAAUAUGUGAAACCGGAGAAUGCCAGCCGACGACCGUACGCCUACAAAGUUUUGGUGUCCGUUCUAGGCGUAGCCGUAGCCAUGUCGCUCGAACUGUUCGACUUUCCACCCAUCUUUCGCAUAUUCGAUGCACACAGUCUCUGGCAUCUAUCCACGAUCCCUCUGAUGGUGGUAUGGUACCAGUUCAUUUUGACCGAUACCUGGCACGAACUGCACACAAAAUGGAAUCCGGUCGCCGCAGUCUGAACGAGUCGAACAGCAAAGCAGUGGGCACUAAUUUGUCUUUUUCCAAUUGUAUACACCAUUACCUACUAUGGGUUCUUUGUAUUUGUAGCUUUCAAUAUCAUUUUUGUUUUUCAAAAAGAUUUAGAAUAUAUCGCAUUACUAUAUGUCUGCAUUUGAAG